AGUAGCAAAGCUGCAGCCGCGUAGUGCUAGUACUUCACAGCCCAUUGGCCGGUCGCGAUCGCCGCCGCGCCGUUCUAUCGUGCCUUCGCGGCUCGCGAUACACUUACGCACCUCGAAUCGCCUUUUCCGUUCUCUUUUCUCUCUUGUGUUUAGCCUUUUUUUUUUUUUUUCUUUUUUUUUUUCUUUCGCACUAUUGGUUGAAUUUCUUUCUCUCGUGGUCUCGUUUGAAAGAUCGACAAGCACCGGUAUUGUGUUCAGCGGCUGUCAGUCAAAGUGAAGAGGCAGGAUGCACACGUGCACGGACCACUGUUGCUGUUUCAUGUAGGGCUUUUUUUUCUUUUCUUUUUUUUUCCUCUCUCACUCUUGGUGACAAGUGCAGUGUGUUUGGCGCUCGGCGAUGCCAUGGUGACCGAAGGCUGAUUAUUGGCGUGCGAGACGGACUCUUUUCGCACAGCACAGCUAUAUCGCGGUAGGAAUCAGAACAGGUUGGAACGCACCAGGUCGCAGCGAAGAUGGGGGCGAUGUUCAGGAGCGAGGAGGUGGUCCUGUGCCAGCUGUUUAUCCAGCCGGAGGCUGCCUAUCUCUCGGUGUCGGAACUCGGGGAGACCGGGACCGUCCAGUUCCGCGACUUGAACGUCGACGUCAACUACUUCCAGCGGAAGUUCGUGAACGAGGUGCGCCGCUGCGACGAGAUGGAGCGCAAGCUGCGUUACAUAGAGGCCGAGGUCAAGAAGGACGGGGUGCCGAUCGAGGACAACCUGAGCGAGCUGCCCCGCGCACCCAUACCCCGCGAGAUCAUCGACCUGGAGGCGCGGAUCGAGAAGACGGAGAACGAUAUAUUGGAGCUGAGCCAGAACGCCCUGAGCCUCAAGAGCAACUACCUCGAGCUGACGGAGCUGCGCCACGUGCUCGAGAGGACCCAGGUCUUCUUCAGCGAGGAGGAGGCCCACGACUCCAUCACCCGCGCCCUCAUCCACGAGGAGUCCCAGAUGCCCAACACCACCGGCCGUGAGCGUCUCGAGUUCGUCGCCGGGGUGGUCAAUCGGGAGCGCAUGCCGGCCUUCGAGCGGAUGCUCUGGCGUAUCUCGCGCGGCAACGUCUUCCUGCGCCAGGCUAUCGUCGAGAAGCCCCUCGAGGACCCCAGCACGGGCAACGAAAUGUACAAAACGGCCUUUGUGGCCUUCUUCCAAGGGGAACAGCUCAAGAGUCGCAUAAAAAAGGUGUGCAGUGGCUUCCACGCGUCGCUCUAUCCCUGCCCGAGCAGCCACUCCGAGCGCAUGGACAUGGUCAAGGGAAUCCGUACGAGGCUCGAGGACCUCAAACUGGUGCUGAAUCAAACGCACGAUCAUCGCCAGCGCGUCCUCCACAACGUCGCCAAGGAGUUGCCGAAUUGGAUAAUAAUGGUGCGGAAGAUGAAGGCCAUCUACCACACCAUGAACCUUUUCAACAUGGACGUGUCGAAAAAGUGCCUCAUCGGGGAGUGUUGGGUGCCGAUGGCCGAUCUCAACAUCGUGCAGCACUGCCUAAGCGAGGGAUCGCGAUUGUGCGGCAAUUCCAUUCCCUCGUUUCUCAACGUGAUACACAGCGACGAGGACCCACCGACGUUCAACAGGACCAACAGGUUCACGCGAGGCUUCCAAAACUUGAUAGACGCGUACGGUAUCGCCUCGUACCGCGAAGCCAAUCCCGCCCUCUACACCAUUGUGACGUUUCCCUUCCUCUUUGGUAUCAUGUUCGGUGAUGCAGGCCACGGACUGUUGAUGUUCCUGUUUGCCCUGUACAUGGUCGUUUGGGAGAAGAAACUCCUGGCCAAGAGAACGAGCAACGAGAUCUGGAACAUAUUUUUCGGAGGUCGUUACAUCAUCCUGCUGAUGGGUGGUUUCUCCAUAUACACGGGCAUCAUCUACAACGACUUGUUCUCCAAAUCCAUGAAUAUUUUCGGCUCCAAGUGGGUACUGCCGCGGGGUGCGGAGUACACCUUCGACAACAUGAAGAAAUCGCACACCAAACUCCUGGAUCCGAAAUCCACGUUCGCCGACGAGCCCUACAUCCUCGGGAUGGACCCCAUAUGGAUGUUCGCCGAGAACAAAAUCAUAUUCUUCAACUCGUACAAGAUGAAGCUCUCCAUCAUCUUUGGGGUCGUUCACAUGAUAUUCGGCGUGUGCAUGAGCGCCGUGAACAUCAUAUCUUUCAAAAAGUAUUCGAGCUUGUUCCUCGAGUUCCUGCCGCAGUUGUUGUUCCUGGUGGUGCUGUUCGCGUACUUGGCCGCCCUCAUGUUCCUCAAGUGGAUCCGGUACGGCGCGCUGAAUUCAGGUAUCGCAUCCGAAGCUUGCGCCCCCUCGAUCCUCGUGAGCUUCAUCAACAUGGUGCUGUUCAAGGAUCCAAAGACUUACCCGAAUUGCGGUGACGGUUACAUGUUCCCCAACCAGAAGCUCGUCCAGCACGUAUUUCUGUUCACGGCCGCCAUUUGCGUGCCAAUUCUCCUCUUCGGCAAGCCCCUGUACGUCGUAUGCACCAAAAAGGGCUCCAAGGGCAAGGUUUACACGAACGGCGCGGCUUCGCAGGACAUCGAGCUGCAGACGUCGAACAGCAUUAGCGGGGCGACAGCCAACGCGGCAGUAGCGAGUAGCCCGAGCAACGCGGCGGCCCCGGGGCACGCCGAUCACGAGCACGACGACUCGUUCGGCGAGCUGAUGAUCCACCAGGCGAUCCACACCAUAGAGUACGUCCUGUCGACCAUCUCGCACACGGCCUCGUACCUGCGGUUGUGGGCCCUGUCGCUCGCCCACUCGCAGCUGUCGGAGGUGCUCUGGAACAAAAUCUUGCACGCCGGCCUCGGCGCCCAGAAGGACCAGUACGUGCUCGCUGGGAUACUCUUUGUCACCUUCGCCGUCUGGGCCUUCUUCACCGUUGCCAUUCUCGUUCUCAUGGAGGGCCUGUCCGCCUUUCUCCACACGCUCCGUCUACACUGGGUCGAGUUCAUGAGUAAGUUCUACGAGGGCCAGGGCCAGCCUUUCCAGCCGUUCUACUUCAAGACGAUUCUCGACGCGGAUCAGGAAACGGACGAAGACUAGGGGUGGGGACUUCUUUUUUUAUUAUUAUUUUUUUUUUUUCCUAGCGUCAGAGGAUAAUAAAUUGUGGUUGUAGGGGUCCGGAGGUAGUUGCCCCGAUGAUGUGUGUGUCUUCGACGAGUGUACCGCUGUCAUCGUCGUCCUUGUUAUUUUAACUCGUGUAUCCUUUAAUCGGAUGUUCUGAAAUUUUUUGGUUUCUUUUUUUUUUCUUUUUUUUUUUUUUUAGAUGAUUUCCAGUGAAACGAAACGGCGCCCGGGUCUAGUGGUUUGAAAAAAAAAAAAAAAAAAAAAAAAAAAAUUAUUUUUCGUUUUUUCGUACCACCAUCAGACACACCUAUACUUCCUCCGUGUGUAAUUAUUAUACUCCAAUGUAGUAUUUUAUACUACCCGAUAAAAUUUUUUCAAUAAUCGUAAAAACCGUCUGGUUGCCAGAUGAGAAUUAUGACCCCAAUCGAUAAAAGAAUUUUCGUCACUUUCCGGAUGCUCGUAUGUCCAUACACGUGUAGAUAAAGGCAGAAAAAAAAAAUGUAAUGUCAACACAGCUGGCGCUUAUCUUAUACGUUUUGAAUUGUUAUUUUUUACACAGCCUAUAAAAUAGUCAUUUUAUAGUGCUGCACAAUGAAAAUUUUACUUUUACGACUGCAGAGCGGUCCUUUUUUUUUUAAGUAUUAGAAUUUCACAUAUGUUUUGAACUUUUUACCAAAACUGUCGUUAUGACGAAGAUUUGUUAUUAUACGUAAACAUACACUAAUAAAGCCAAUAAAUCAAGUCGUCGGUAAGUGAUGGAUCAACACACGUGGCGUAUUUCGCGUCUUUUAACAACACGUUUAAAACGACCCCGAGACUAUUGGUGCGUGUACAAAGUAUGUACGUACAAAUGAUUGUAGAGAAAAAAAAAAAAAAAAAAAAAAAA